UCAGUGAGCGAGAAAGAAACGCAAGGCGAAUGCCAUUUUGGUUGGAAGAAAAGUGUUUACACGUCAGUCGGUCCGGUUUUGCAGUAAGCAGAUUUUUUCCCGUUUUGUUCGCCGAGUUUUUCCUGGAGAACCUUACUCCAGGGUCGUGUCCUUGAUCGUUAAUUAUCGCGAAUCAAACGUGCAAGCUGUAUCGGAAUUAAUUCGGAUUGCUACUUCAUAGACAAUGAAUAUUUUUCGAUUGUCCGGUGAUUUGUCGCACUUGCUGGCGAUUUUCCUGCUUCUAAUAAAGAUAUGGAAGACUAGAUCGUGUGCUGGAAUUUCUGGAAAAUCUCAGAUUUUAUUCGUAAUUGUUUACCUUAGUCGCUAUCUGGACAUUGUAACGACGUUUAUUAGCGUUUACAAUACCUGCAUGAAAAUGGUUUUCAUCAGCUUAUCGAUUGCCACGAUCUAUUUGAUAUAUGUCAAGUUUAAGGCGACCUAUGACCACAAUCACGAUUCGUUCCGCAUCGAGUUCCUGUUGAUCCCAUGCUUCAUUCUGGCCCUGCUACUCAAUAGUAGCUUCACCGUAAUGGAAGUUUUGUGGACGUUUUCAAUCUAUCUGGAGGCAGUGGCCAUUUUGCCACAGCUCUUUAUGGUCAGCAAAACGGGUGAGGCGGAAAGUAUCACGAGCCACUAUCUCUUUGCUCUAGGUUCCUACCGUGCGCUGUAUCUGUUGAAUUGGAUCUAUCGAUACUAUGCUGAGGGACACUACGACUUGUAUGCCAUCUUUGCCGGAGCCAUUCAGACAAUCCUGUACUGCGAUUUCUUCUAUCUUUAUAUCACCAAGGUGCUGAAGGGAAAGAAGCUGCAGCUGCCGGCGUAAAGUGGUGGAUCCGCUUAGGAGGUAGGAUGAAGACUUAUCUUACGCAAAUAUAUACAUAUGGUGGUUUAAGUACAUCUCUGAAGCAAACUUGAUAAUAAAACCAUCUUUCAAGAGAACGCAUUGCAAUUGAUGUAAAAAACAGAUGAUCGCUGCCGAAGAUGAGGAAGUAAAUAAAUGGAAUUCGAAGAACUAGUAUAGUCUUAUGUUGUAGGGUUUAGAGAUAUAAUACAAGUCGCAACGCUCUGAGAGAUAAUUUCAGUUGUUCAGAUUGAUGAUCCCACUAGAUAACAGUAGCUCUGGCCGUAUUGAUCGAAUCUAAAGAAAAAAUAUGAUUGAUGUGUCCACACGGUUAACUAAUGGGAGAGACAAGCGCAACAUCGAUCGUAGUAAUUCGGAAGAGCAAAAUUAGUAUUACUUAGAAAACAUGAGAGCAGGCGGCUUCUCCAAAGAGAUUAAGAAGUAUUAUGGCACGUCUCACCCUUUGUAAAAUUUUCAGUUAUAUUUGUGGUACGCGAAAUAUUCGUUUAAUGUCUAUGCAGUUUGCUUGAAAUAAAUCAAUUUUUGAUUCAAUUUUGUUCUAAUGCCCAUCAAUUCAGUUUUAUUAGUAGCAAACGCUUACAUGUGUGUGUAAGUGAUAAACUGUUCUUAUAUCUUAAACAUGCGAACAAACUCAGUGAAGCACUGAUAACAAGCAUUGUAAUCAAUUGAUUGUAUCAUUCUAUGUCAAGAUUCCACUAUGGUUCCGGGAGUGAUUCUACUUGUUACUCGCUUUGCGAUUCUGCUUCUUCCCUUUCAGCGACUAUGUUGCGCCUACUUUUUCUCCCAAGAGCGUAGUGAAUUCUGAUACAGAAUUGUAAGAAUUAAAUUCAACUUGCAUAUAGCGAGCAGGCAGUGAAGACAACUGUCGUGACAAACACAAAAGCAAAUUAUUUUAUUUCUGUUACUUUAUACUAAUAUGAAUGUUUGUGAGAAAACAUGUAGUUUUUUUAUAUUUGUCAAUUUGUUCUACCGUACUUGAGGAUAAUAUGCGAUAAUCCCAAAACAUCCCAACUAUCAUACAUCUGUAUGGAAGAUCGUUUGAGUGAGUGAAAUCAACCGGUUGAAAUAAACAAGUCCCUAUAUUCUUCUAUUUCUAAAAUAAUAUUUUACUACUACUGUAAUGCAUAAAACGGUAAUAAUUAUUUAGAUAAUACCAAUAAACAACACAAAAU